AUGGCGCACCUCUCUGUUGUCGCAGCACUACUGCUCAGCGUGUCCUACGUCGUAUUUCGAGUGCUCAACUACGUUGUUGAAGCUCGAGGGCGGGCGACGAAAGCCCGCGAACUCGGCUGCAAGGAACCGCCGUUUGAGAAGACUUAUUUGCCGUUUGGAAUAGACAAGGUUAGGACCGCCUUGAAGGUCGAGAAGACGAAAUUGUUUCCAGAAUGGGUGAAGGAGCGAUCAGACGCAAUAGGCGCCACGACUUGGAAGCUGUCCGUCCUUGGGCAGACCAAUAUCAUGACGACGGACCCAAAGAACAUCCAGACAAUACUGGCGACCAACUUUGGGACGUUUGACCUGGGACCACAGAGAGCAGGCAUGUUCUGGCCAAUGUUGGGCAAUGGCAUAUUUACUCAAAGUGCCAAGGAAUGGAAACACUCCCGUGAGCUUAUGCGGCCGCAAUUCACUCGGGACCAAGUCGGCGACCUGGAGCUCGAGGAACAGCACUUGCAAAACAUGAUGAGCGCGCUGCAUGACAGAUUACAACCUGACGGCUGGACAAACCUGGUCGACCUGCAGGUCCUGUUUUUCCGUCUCACACUCGACUCUGCUACUGAGUUCCUGCUUGGCGAAUCCGCGGAUUCCCAACUGCAGAAUAUCCCGGGGUACAGCAAGAAGCUCAACUCUGCAGAGGAUAUCCACAACAUCGACUUCGCCUUCCACUUCGACAGGGGCCAAGCCGGACUUGCCACGCGCGCUCACUUCGGACCGCUGUAUUGGGCCUACAGCCCGGCGCCUUUCCGCGAGUCGAUCAGGCAAUGCAACAUGUUCAUGGACCACUACGUCAAGCGGGCACUGAACAAGGAGCUGCGCGAGAAGAGUGCCGAGCAGGGAGGCAAGCCAAAAUAUGUCUUCCUGGAUGCGCUGGCCGAGCAGACGCAGGACCCGAUCGAGCUGCGCUCGCAGCUGAUGCACAUCCUGCUGGCGGGCCGCGACACUACGGCCUCGAUGCUGGGAUGGCUGUUCCACCUGCUAGCGCGCGACCCGGCCCGUUACAAGAAGCUGCGCGACGUCGUCAUCGAAGAGUUUGGCACCUUCUCCCGCCCCAAGGAGAUCACCUUUGCCCGCCUCAAGAGCUGCCAGUACCUGCAGCAGUGUAACAACGAGACCCUGCGCCUGUACCCGGUCGUCCCCAUCAACAGCCGCUGGGCCUACAAGGACACGGUGCUGCCGACCGGCGGCGGGCCCAACGGCACCGACCCGGUCUUUGUGCCCAAGAACACAGCCGUUGACUACUCGGUCUACGUCAUGCAGCGCCGCAAGGACAUCUGGGGCCCGGACGCCGACGAGUUCAGGCCGGAGCGCUGGGAGGGCCGCAAGGUUGGCUGGGAGUUCCUGCCGUUCAACGGCGGCCCGAGGAUCUGCCUCGGCCAGCAGUUCGCCCUGACUGAGUCCAGCUACGUGACCGUGCGGCUGCUUCAGCGGUUCGACGCGAUUGAGAACCUCGACAAGGACCCUGUGACCCAAAACCUUACGCUCACGACUUGCAGCGGGAAUGGUGUCAAGGUACGGAUGCAUGCGGCCGCCGAGUGA